AUGGGCACGCUCUCCUCCCUCGGCGUGCUAAACUGGUCGUUCGCGAGCAUCCCGCAUAUAUGUACGUCUGCCGCGCCAAACGAGUUCACAUGUCCAUACUCGCGCACGCACUUCAACAGGUCGCUGAUCUGGGCCGCCAUCGGGCUGCGCAGACAUUUCGCGGAGAACAAGUACGAUGCACUGCUUUAUUUCUUCCUCAUUGGGGCGGUCUUUGCGAUCGCGGUGUAUUUCCUUUCUCGGCGACGCCGUCGGUCUUCAGAUAAGCCGCAGAGUGGAGACGGAGACGGAGGCGGGUGUGAGAAUGGCCCGAGGAGGAAGAGGAAUAUUUGGAACUCUGUCCACGUCCCCCUCUUCCUAGGCGGGCUAAACUACCUGCCACCAGCGACGGGUAUGAACUACGGGAGCUGGGUGGCCGUCGAGUGGGUGAUCUUUGGGUGGGUGAUCAAGAGGCACGCGCAGGGGUGGUGGGUUAAGUAUAACUUUGUGUUGAGCGCCGCGCUGGAUUCGUCAGUUGGUGUUGCUGGCGUUGUUAUCUUUCUUACCGUCUGUUUUACGGGGGCGGCGGAGUGGUGGGGGACGGAGGUUUACAAGAAUACGUGCGACUGGAAGGGGUGCGUAUCUUGGACUGCCUGA